CAAACUCUAUGCUAGUGCAACACUUUCAUGUGUUGCUUUCGUUUCUAAAUAGAACAAGAAAGAAAAUAAGUAAAACAAACAAAAAAAAUCUUCAAUUGGUUGCAAGUAACUUAUUAUAAGCACUUAACAUGGUUGGUUUUUAACAUGUGCAAAAGAAUCAAGAAUAUUGACUAUUCUAAACUCUUUUGAUUGUGUUUUUGAGUCUCUUUUCACGUUAAUGUUUAUGUCAUCUUAAUGCGACCGUGAUUGAGGCUGCAUCAACUAUAUUUGACUAUAAUUGUUUGCAAUAUCAAGAAUCGCGACACGAACGAUAAUAUAGAAGAUUAUUGUUAAUUUGGUGUGUAUAUAGCUAAGAAUUAGACAUGUUUUGUAAGAGAGAGAGCAUGGAGGAAUUCAAGGAAGAGAAUCGUUAUGUGGAAACUGAUCCAACUGGUCGCUAUGGUAGGUUUGGAGAUGUUCUUGGAAAAGGGGCAAUGAAGACAGUAUACAAAGCAAUUGAUGAAGUACUUGGAAUAGAGGUAGCAUGGAACCAAGUCAGACUCAACGAGGUACUAAACACGCCGGACGAUUUGCAGCGCCUUUACUCGGAGGUUCAUCUCCUAAGCACACUCAAGCACCGGUCGAUCAUGCGAUUCUACACAUCUUGGAUUGAUAUUGAUAACAAGAACUUCAACUUUGUUACAGAAAUGUUCACAUCAGGCUCACUGAGAGAGUACCGGAGGAAAUAUAAGCGAGUAAGCUUACAAGCAAUAAAGAGUUGGGCGCGCCAAAUUUUACAAGGUCUAGUUUAUUUACAUGGCCAUGAUCCACCUGUAAUCCAUAGGGACCUAAAAUGUGAUAACAUAUUUGUCAAUGGUCAUCUUGGACAAGUGAAAAUUGGUGACCUUGGACUAGCUGCAAUUCUCCAAGGUUCUCAAUCAGCUCAUAGUGUUAUAGGAACACCGGAGUUCAUGGCACCGGAAAUGUACGAGGAAGAAUACAAUGAACUUGCUGAUGUUUACUCAUUUGGCAUGUGUGUAUUGGAAAUGCUCACAUCUGAUUAUCCAUAUAGUGAAUGUACUAAUCCAGCACAGAUAUACAAGAAAGUGACAUCGGGGAAGCUACCAAUGUCAUUUUUCCGCAUUGAAGAUGGGGAAGCGCGGAGAUUCAUUGGAAAAUGUUUAGAACCUGCGGCAAAUAGACCGUCAGCGAAAGAUUUGUUGCUUGAACCUUUUCUUUCGACAGAUGAUACAUCAUCAGCAAUGAAGUUAAAAAUUCAGAAGCCGUUUUUGAAUGAAAAUGAGAUGGAAAAACUUCAAUUGAGUGAUGAAUUUCAAAGGACUGAAAUGAAAGUCAUAGGAAAGUUGAAUCCUGAAGAUGAUACUAUCUUUCUCAAAGUACAAAUUUCAGAUAAGAAAUGUUCUGUUAGGAAUGUAUAUUUUCCAUUUGAUAUUCUCACUGAUACUCCCAUUGAUGUUGCAAUGGAGAUGGUAAAAGAAUUGGAGAUUUCUGAUUGGGAUCCUUUUGAUAUUGCAAAUAUGAUCAAUAGAGAGAUAUCUGCUCUUCUACCACAUAGAUGGAAAAAUGAUUACUCAGAUUCCUUCCAUACAUUCAGUUAUCAAGAUGAUGAUGUCGAUGAAUCUCGUCUUCAUUUCCGCUCGAUCUCUUCUUCUUCAUCGUUACAUGAAUCAAUACCAGAUUUUGUCAGUAAAUCUGAGGAAAUAUCGCACGGAUAUUAUUUGCUCCAUGAUGAUUUGCAUGAUGAUAACAGUUCAAGAUGCUCCUCACAAGGGACAUAUUCAAACUGGAACUAUUAUUCUAUGGAUGACCAUGAACACAAUAUAGCCUCAAUCAGAAAAGAUAAGCUUCCCAUCAUGAAGAGUCACAAUUGCAACCAUUGUAAAAUUAUAGGAGGAUCACAGAAUUGUUCAUCAAGUAAAAGUAAGAUGGUGAUGGAAAAUCGAAAACUGACACGGAAUAGGUCUCUGAUCGAUACACGGAGCCAAUUGUUACACAGAUCAUUGGUUGAUGAGUUGAACAAAAGAAGGCAAGUCAAGACAGUUGGUGCUGUGGAGAAUAUUGGAUUUCAGUCACCUUAUGAUGUUAAAUAGUCACAGAUUGUAUCUAUUUGCUUUAAUAAGAACACUUUUUGUUUUAAUUAAUUAAUAAGAACACUUAAAAGGAGUGUGGUAGAAAAUAUUAAAGUGAUGUAGAAACAUUUAGAAAUGAGUGCUUUUUGAACAUUGAAAACUAUAUAGACUUGUAUAAAUGGACUUGAGAAAAUAACCCGGUUAUGGGGCUAUCAUAUUUCCUAUGUAAAAACAAACACUUCAAAUUUAAGGCAUGUUCGACAA